AUGUCAAACCAAGGAUACUACCAGGGCGGCCCUCAGCCUCAGUACCCGCAGCAAAGCUACGGUCCCCCAGGCGCCAACUACGGUCCUCCUCCUCCUCAGCAACAAAUGUACUACGGUCCUCCCCAGGGCCAACAGGCGCCACCGCCACCACCGCCUCAGAAGAAGGAUAGGGGAUGUUUGGCUGCUUGUCUUGCCACCCUCUGCUGUUGUUUCCUCUGCGAGGAGAGCUGCGAAUGCUGUCUGGAUUGCUGCGAGUGCUGUGCAGAAUGCUGCUAA